GAAGAACGUCGCAAAUAGACUUGAUGACGAAAUGAAGCUGGCAUGGUCGUGAAAGUGGUAAUAUUAAAACGCGUCGGACGCGUUCCCAACCCAACGUCGAAAGAGUGUGUACGCGUUUCUGCGGAGUAUGGCUAUGCUAUGGCGAGUUUUCGUGAGGAAACGCUGGACAUCGCUGGCAAAGUGUCGUAUGAAAGCAAGUUCGUCGGCUGCACUGACACAACUGUGCGCUGUCACAGUCGACAAGAAAAGUAUCCUGACUGCACCUAAGCACCAUGUGCACCACAGAGGUGAAAACAGCCUAAACCUGUGGCGAACAUUCUCGUCGCACAGAGUACUCAAUGAGUAUGAAGCUGUCUCGCCUCCUAUGACUGAAGUUGAAUAUGAGGCCGUUACGAAAGAGACACUGGAAUCUUUAGCUGAAAGGUUUGAUGAAAUCAUUGAAGAUCUCAGUGAUGUUCCUGAAGCCGACCUUGCAUUGAGUGAUGGUGUUCUUACUGUACACCUUGGGCGCAAAUUUGGUACUUAUGUAAUCAACAAGCAGACUCCAAACAGACAGAUAUGGCUUUCAUCACCUGUCAGUGGCCCAAAGAGAUAUGACUUCAUAGAAAACAAGUGGGUAUACAAACACGAUGGUGUGUCGCUUCGGGACCUCCUGGAAAAUGAGAUAUCUUCAUUGCUAAAGAAGCCUGUAAAAUUUGACUGUUGCAUAUAGAAGAUGUACAUCAUAGGUAGAACUUAUAUAUUUAUUGUAAAUAAAAGUUUGCUGACUAGGCUGUCCCAGUGGUGACAUACUGAUGCAUAGGCACCAUCACAACUUCCACCAGUUCUUAGUAACAAGAGCGUCAAAAACAAAAGUGGUCAAGCAAGCUUACUUAAGGAAAGUUACAUGCAGUUUCUAGAUUAUGUUCUGUGCCUUGUGUAUGAUGUGUAGGCACUUCUAGUUUGAAUGAUACUUUAAACAUCUAAUCCUCAUUAUAGAAGAGGGCUAAAGUAAAAAUACUGUUUGCUUGUUGCAAUAUUAUGACAAGUUCAGUCAAGUGUCUUCUAGUCAUUAUACACCUUGUUUGCACAGUGAAUGCAUACUUCAAUGAGGGGGCACACAACAUAUAUCAUUUAAAUAUCAUUUACAUAACAGUUAAGUAGAAGUGUGGAAUUGGCUAAAUGUUAUGGCUUGUGAUACAUAGCAGACAAUGCUGGUUUCACUGAUUAAAAUGAUCUUUCAUUA